AUGGCUUUUGAUAGGAAUACUAAAAAGUGUAGCGAGUUUACAACUAAUUUAAAGGUAGGUUUACGUCUUUUUUGGGUGUUGCUGAAUGUAAGCUCACCUUUUACAAAGAUAUCUGGACCCAAUAGUAUCGAUUUCUAUACGUCGGAUAAAGAGCUCAUAAAAAUUCAUCUAAAGGAGUUUUUAGGUGUUGACUUCUCAUCAACAGUAUACAAGAUAGACUGGGAAGAUAAUAUAUCAGCCAUAAAAUUAUUUAAAAGUGGUCAUGUUCCGUCUCAUGAAGCUACCAUUCUGCAACUUUUGAAUGGAAAAAAUAUCAAAUACAUUUCAAAAUAUGUUUCAAUUCUAGACAUUUCAUGCCUUACAACUUCUUCGACUUUUGAGAUGUGUUCAUAA